AUGGGUGGCACUCAGCGCCCGGCACCCCCCUCCUCCGUGGGCAGGCACAGGGUGCUCGGCUUCCACGAGAAAAAUGAAGAUUUGGGGCAGUUCCCUGCUCUGCUGCGGGCAGACCCACCGUGCCAGCCCGUCCCCUCUGCCCGCAGCGAGCUCAUCCUCUCCAACAUCCACGUCUCCGCCAACGGCGAGUGGGAAUGCGCCGUCUCCACCUCCCAGGGCAACGUCAGCAAGAAGGUGGAGAUCGUGGUGCUGGAGACCUCCGCGUCCUACUGCCCUGCCGAGCGGGUCACCAACAACCGCGGGGACUUCAUAGGGACCGGCAGUGGUCUGGCCAUGGGGUGGGUGUGUGCCACGUACAGUGUGAGCGGUGUGUGCCGGGCUGGGGGGCUCGCCGCAGGUGACCGGGCGUCUGGUAGCGAUUAGUGGAUGCAGGGAGCGUGAGCGCCUUUGAAGGGCUUCCCGUGCCGGCGGCGCAGCGCGGCUCCAGCAGCAGAGAUGCCCAUCAACGCCUCCAACGCGCUGACCCUGGCUCACCAGCUCCGCGUCUACACCGCCGAAGCCGCCAACUUCUCGGACAUGGUUGAUGUCCUCUACGUGGCCCAGAUGAUAGAGAAGUUUAUCGGCUACGUGGACCAGAUCAAGCAGCUGACGGACGUGAUCGUGGAGAUGGCCAGCAACAUCAUGCUGGUGGACGACCACAUCCUGUGGAUGUCGCAGAAGGAGGAGAAGGCUUGCACCAGCAUCGUCCGCUCCCUGGAGAAGAUCGCUGCCCACACACUCAGCAGCAACUCCCAGCACAUGGCGGUGGUGAGUGGGGGCUGCCUGGAGAUGGGGGGCUGGGGGGGAAGACAAAGUGGUUGGGCCGGGGGUCGGGCCGGCCGUCCCCCCCUGGCCGAGCGGGGGUCCGAGCCCAUGCCCGACCAACAGCUGAGGCUGCGCUGCACCACGGGGCGCCCCAAUGUCUCCCUGACCAGCUUCCACAUCAAGAACAGCAUCGCCCUGGCCUCCAUCCAGCUGCCCCCCAGCCUCUUCGCCAGCCCCGUCCGCACCGCGCCGCUGGCCGACUGCAAGCUCCAGCUGCUGGUCUUCCGCAACGGCAAGCUCUUCUGCAGCACAGGCAACUCCUCCCGCCUGGCCGACGAUGGGAAACGCCGCAGCGUGGCCACACCGGUCAUCUACGCCGGGACCUACGGCUGCGGAGUGGGGAACCUGUCGGAGCCGGUGGCCGAGCUGAGCGGUUUCCCCAGCGAGGCGCAAGGUGCCGUGGAGGUGCUGCACCCGGCCAUGUACACCUGCACAGCCGUGCUGCUGCUCUGCCUCUUCACCACCAUCAUCACCUACAUCGUCAACCACGGGUGAGCGAGCGUCUCGGCGCCGGCUGCAGCUUGGGGGCUCCCCCUCAUCAUCUGCGGCAUCACGGCAGCGGUCAACAUCCACAACUACCACGACAACAACCCCUACUGCUGGCUGGUGUGGCGGCCCAGCCUGGGGGCUUUCUACGUCCCCGUGGCUUUCAUCUUGCUUGUCACCUGGAUUUACUUCCUCUGCGCCGGGCUCAGCCUCCAGUGCCGACCGUCGCGCCGGAAAGAUGUCCCUGAGCCACUGGAGCCGCCGCCGCGGUUGGGGGGUGCCGGUGACCUCCUGACGGACUCCGGGUCCAUCUCGGUCACGCUGAACUCAGGACCUCCCUGCCCCGAGGCGGACGGUGUCUACUCUCUGCAGGUGCAAUUCUGGGCGCUGGUGACCACCCAUGCCUUGUACGUCGCCUUGUGGACGUUCGGCGCCAUGGCCGUGUCCCAGCGCUGGUACCUGAACAUCGUCUUCAGCUGCCUCUACAGCAUCACCGCCGUGGCGCUGGGGCUCUUCAUCUUCGUCCACCACUGCGUCCGGCGCCGGGACGUCCUCAACUCCUGCCUGAGCAAGCUGCUGCUGAGGGAGUCAGAGAGCAGCUUCUCCGUCUUAAAUGUUUUUACAUGCAAAAGUGUUUAUCUGCGUGUGUUAGACGCCAGCGUUUAG